UCUCACCUUCAGAUCAAAUCCUCCCUACAACUCACCUCUCUUCAUAGCUUAUUUGUUAGCUUCCAAGCCCGCCCUCAUCACCGCCCUCAACGGGCUCCCCUCCGACAUCGCCACCGUGCCCACCAACACCAUGGUGGUGGUGCCGGUGAACUGCUCUUGUUCUUCUUUACAACUCUACCAGCACAACGCCGCUUACACGAUUCUUGACGACGCCGAGAACUACUACACCAUUGCUAAUGAAACUUACCAGGGGCUCACCACUUGCCGAGGCAUGAUGGAAGCGAAUUCUAUAGAUUCCAGGAACCUGAGCGUGCGUGACAACUUGACGGUUCCACUUAGAUGUGCUUGUCCGACGAGGAAACAGGUGGCGUCUGGUGUGAAGUUUUUGUUGAACUACUUGGUAACUUGGGGUGAUUCCAUUUCUCAAAUUGCUGAGCUUUUUAAUGCGACUAAUCGAAGUGUUCUUGAUGCUAAUAUGUUGAAGGAAGAAGACCUUAUAUAUCCCUUCUCCCCAAUUUUAGUUCCGCUCAUAACCGAGCCCACCAAGAUUGAUCAAGCUGUGCCAUCUCCUCCUCCGGUGAGAUCUCCACAGACACCCGUCAACCCUGUUGUUCAUUCCACCUCUUCUUCUAAGAAAUGGGUGUUUGUGGGCGUUGGAACUGGAGCCGAACCUAUUAAGUCAGAUGAUUCCUUGGUAGAAUCACAAAGGUUUCGAAAUGCGGUUGAGUCUUUGAACAUCUACAAGUUUGAAGAUCUGCAAUUUGCUACCAGCAAUUUCUCGGAAGAAAAUAAUAUCAAAGGCUCUGUUUACAAGGGAUCUUUCAAGGGUGAUGAUGCUGCCAUUAAGGUAAUGAAAGGAGAUGUCUCAAGCGAGAUAAACAUAUUGAAGAAGAUCAAUCACAGCAACAUAAUUCGUCUCUCAGGUUUCUGUGUACACGAGGGCAACACUUACCUUGUCUACGAGUAUGCACAAAAUGGUUCUCUCAGAGAUUGGCUCCAUUCCACCAAGCACCAAACUUCCAUUACUCUGGAAUGGAAGCAACGAGUUCAGAUUGCUUAUGACAUGGCUAAUGCCUUCAAUUAUCUGCACAAAUACACCAAUCCACCUUACAUCCACAAGAACUUGAACACCAGUAACAUUCUUUUGGAUUCAAACUUCAGAGCCAAGAUUGCGAAUUUCGGAUUAGCACGAAGUAUUCACAGCCAUGACCAGGGAGGACUACUACAAUUAACUAGACACGUGGUUGGAACUCAUGGUUAUAUGGCUCCGGAGUACAUAGAAAAUGGAGUGAUCACCACAAAACUAGAUGUUUUCGCCUUCGGGGUCGUGAUGUUGGAGCUUUUAUCAGGAAGGGAAGCUUUAACUGAAGACAAAAACAAGGAAGAAGAACUGCUAUAUGCAUCCAUAAGUAGAGUGCUUGAAGGAGAAAAUGUGAGGGAGAAACUCAGAGGAUUCAUUGAUCCUUGUUUGAGAAAUGAAUACCCUUUAGAAUUGGCCUUCUCCAUGGCUCAACUGGCUAACCAGUGUGUAGCUCAGGAUCUAAAUUCUCGCCCAUCCAUGGCUGAAGUUUUCAUGAUUCUCUCCAAAGUACUAUCAUCUUUGUCAGAUUGGGAUCCAUCUGAUGAAAUUGAUCGCUCCAAGUCACUAAGCCGUAGCAGCCAAAUGGGGUAACAUGAAUUCAUUAUCAAAGUAUACUUUAGAAUAAAUAGUACAUGCUAGUCUUUGAUAUUAUUUUUGAAACCCAAAUAAAUGAGAUAGUUAUGUAUAAAUUGCUUCAAAAAUCCAUAUUUUUGGACUAGAAUAAAAUGUAUUUAGAAACAAAGUUUUGCAGGGCCAUUUCUGCAGAAGAUCAAACGUGUUAUGCUUUGGUUCACAAGCCAUUGUAUAGUGCCAUAUACCUGUGAGCCAGCUCUAAACGGGGCAUGUUACACACACUCACGCUGACAUGACACCCACCAUUAAUGGAGGGUUGUCCUUGGUAGGGUAAAUUUCUGGAAAAAAGUCUAGUGAUGAAAAGACUUGUAGCAAUAGAAUGACUAAGCAUUGAAAAUGAAGAAUAAUAUUUUAGAGAAAUGUUGAUGGAAUGAUACCAAAGUCUUGCGUAGGGUAUGUUAUGUUGCGCGUGAAAUCCGGAGAGCAUAGUUUCUUAUUAGGAGAAAAGAUAUUUAGAUUAGUUUAAUUUGGUCGAAAUAUAUUCAGAUUGACUUAAAUUCCAAUUAAGGUAGUUAAAGAUCAUAUAACUUUUUAGUCCUGUAUAUUUGAAUCUUACUUUAACUCUAUCAUGUGAAUGGAUGCUAUAUAAACCCAUCGCAACUUAUUUUC